AUGUCCGGUGGGAAGGAUCGGCGAUCCAGGGCGAGCAAAACGCAAGGAUGGGAGGAAGCCGGUGGCGAGUUUUACCAGGAAAGCUACCCUGCCGAUCUGGAGGGUAUGCAGCGGGAUCCGUCGAAGAUCGCGACCCUGUUACCGUCGAAGCAGACGCGCAAUGCCACUACGAGACGUGCCCGACCAGCACAGGGCCAGGACACGAAAGGAGGUACCCGGCGGAGGGCCAGCUUCUCUACCGUUGCACGCCGAGGUUCACAAUAUCACGAAAUGCAGGUGGCCACCCUUCCCGAUCUGUCAGAGAACCUCAUCAACGAGGAACGAACAUGGGAGGAGAUCCGAGAGAUCAAAUCGAUGCCAGUUCCGAUGGCACAGAAGCGAGAAAUGAAGGCCCAGCUACAGAAUGCCACUAAGCUGCGGUUGCAGGGCUUCGAGCAGAUCAAAUGGCGCCGGCGGAAAGCGUGGCAGAGCUUUCGUUCCAAAUGGGGCGAAUAUCAAACGAAGCUAGAGCUAUGGCGAAUGUCGCUGAAAACGAUCGAGGGAAACUUUGGCACCGGUGUCGUCGCGUACUUUCUCUUCUUGCGAUGGCUAGUCUUUCUCAACCUGUUGCUGUUUCUGCUGAUAUUCGCUUUCGUAGUACUGCCGCAUCUAGUGCUGCGCGAACCAAGCGAUCUACCGUGCGAUCUAGUGGCGGAACCAAUUUCCGUACAGUGCUGCUCGGAGAGCUAUGAAAACGUUACACGCACCGCACAAUUCUCCGUGCUGGAUCUCAUCCAAGGGACCGGUUUCAUGGAAGGUACGCUACUGUUCUACGGCAUGUACACAAACCAAAUCUACGGUUACAGCCCGAUGGAGGAUCGCGCGUACCAAAGGGCACGCUAUCUGCGUGUAUCGUCGGCAGCGGCCAAUGCUUCGAGAACCAGCAUGGAUGCAGGUUUGUUGGAGGAGAACGCAGACGACUUAGAUACGGAGAGGCAAACAAUUUUGUACUAUGAUUUGCCGCUUGUAUACGUCAUCAUUAUAGCCAUCUACUACGUGAUAACGCUGGUCGCAAUCAUGCGUGCGGUGGUGCGACAAUUUAAGGAUCGUAUCGCCGAGGGUGAAGGAUUGUUUUACCAGUACUGCAACCUCGUGUUCGGUGGUUGGGAUUUUUGCAUCCACAACCAAAAGUCGGCCGACAUUAAGCAUAGAGCAUUGCACAACGAGAUAAAGUCAUUGCUCUACCAAAAGCGCUUUGAGCACGAGCGUAACAAUCGAUCGCGCGAGUUCAUGCUCAAACUAAUCGCCAUCCGUAUGCUGAUCAAUCUGAUUGUGUUCAUAAUUUUACUGCUCGCUGCAAUAACGAUCUACGUCCUGUUCAACGUAUCGCUGGCCGAGCUGGAGCCUAACUUUACGCCCUCACAUCCGGUUAGCUUUGGCGAGAGUAUCGCUAACCGGACGCUGUACAUGAGCUGGCCGUCGUCGUGGUCGGUGUUUUCUUCGGCGUCACAGCGCGGUGCCAUAACUUUCGCAAGUACCAUCACACCCUUGCUGUCGUCGAUGAAUGAUGAAGCGGGCAUGGGUGGAGCAUUCAAUUCCACCGAUCCCACGAUGGAUCGGCUAGAGGAAAAGCUGCGCGUAUUGUUUUACGAGUUCCUGCCAUAUCUGGCGAUAGUGUGUAUGAACCUGGUCGUGCCGCAGCUGUUCAACUAUCUGGUGCAGUACGAAAAGUAUUCACCACUGUUCGUGAUAAAGAUCAGCCUCUUCCGGACGGUUUUUCUACGACUGUCGUCACUUGCCGUGCUGCUCAGUCGAUUCUACUUUUUAAUCACGCCAAUGAAUGUGACGCAAAAGUUGUUGAUAAAUGCGUCCUCCGAGCAGGGUAUGGAGCAGACAACUACGAGCACGAUGCCGCCACCGACGACUUCCAUUCCUAUCACCAGUACCGUUACCACCGGUGAUUAUCAACUCUCCGAAGUGAAUACAUCAUUCGUAGCUAACUUAACUACGACUACGAUUUCAGUACUCAGUACAUUGGUACUGGAUCAACAGCCGAUAGCGGAAGCUCAAACUCAACAUCAACUACCAGCCCAGCAGCAAUGCUACGAUGAACCGAAUGGUGCUCCACAGUGCUGGGAAACGUUUGUCGGUCAGCAGUUUUACAAGCUGUUCAUCGUCGAUUUUGCAACGCAUUUUCUCGUGACGUUCUUUGUAAACUUCCCGCGCGCGCUGUUUGCACGGCAUUCCAGCUCACGGCUGGCCAAGUUCAUCGGCGAGCAAGAGUUCGAGCUGUCCAAGCACGUACUUGACGUGAUCUACUCGCAGACACUUUGCUGGCUCGGUACAUUCUACACACCGUUUCUACCUGCUAUCGCCGCACUGCUAACGUUUUUGAUGUUCUACAUCAAAAAGUUCGCCUGUCUGGUGAACUCGAACCCCUCGGCAAUACUAUACCGGGCCUCUCGGUCGAAAUCGCUUUUCAUGUCCACACUGCUCAUCUCGUUCACGCUCGCCCUAGUGCCGGUGGUAUAUGCACUAGCCGAAAUAGUGCCAUCGCGCUCGUGUGGUCCUUUCCGGGGUUUACCGUCCGUGUGGGAUCGUGCAAUAGCAGCGUUCAUGAAGAUGCCACUGUUCUUCCAGAACGUCAUCUUCUUCUUCGGCACGGCCAGCUUCGCGAUACCGUGUUUUGUGGUGCUCACCUUCUUCAUCUACUAUUACUACGCUGUCUCGACGGCAAAUCGGCACAUGGUGCAGGUGUUGAAGCAGCAGCUCGUGCUCGAGGGCCAUGACAAGCAAUUCCUGCUUAGCCGGCUCAGCCUAUUCAUCAAGCAGCAGCAGGAGUAUCAGAAACGCAUGAUACGCCAAGCCGCCGAACAGCAACACCAUAUGCAGCAACAGUACCAGCAACACUCCAUCUCUGGUAACUCGGCAAACAAUGUGAUACCGCCCCCGCCACCAUCGUCUUACCAGCAGCCACCGAUCGUGCCACCACCACGAACCAACAGUCAAUCGCAAGCGUCGGAAGCGACACCUGCCCUACCUCCGCGUGCGGAUCGAGACUCGAAGCCAAGCAGUCGGGAUCGACCGAAAGAUCUUCCCCCUCCUCCGAUACCGGGUGGUGGUUCCGGGUCUGCCGGGAACACCACGGGAGCCAACUGA